AUGGAAACUAUCGAUAAUUUUAUUCAUGAAUGUCCAAAUAAAAAGCAGAGGAAAAGCCCAAAUGGUUUCAUCAAAUACCGAACAGUUGAAUGGAAACGGUUCAAAAAAGAAAAUCCUAACAUCACUACACAACAAUUUUCAUCCAUUGCCGCGAAAAAAUGGAACAAAAUGACAGGUAGUCAAAAGAAUUAUUACAUCAAACUAAAACUCGAAACAAGUCCCAAAAAGAAUAAUAGAGUUGGGCCUAAACGAAAGUAUAAUAAAAAGAAUAAGAAAAACGAACAAAAUAUUAAUCAAGAAUUACCGAUAGAAUAUCCACCGGUAGACUUGAAUUACUAUAAUAACUAUAACGAAGAAAAUUUUCAUAUUAAUCAAGCGGAUGAGUAUUUUUUAUCUUACCCUAACGUUUUCAAUUUUGAUGACAAAUUGUCAGCAAUGCAAGAAAUUUAUCCGAUAUAUUAUGAUGCAUUUCACGAUUUUUUCUAUUUUAACAUUUAA